GCACCCGUCAGUCAGUCUGACUCAGUCGCAUUGUUAAACCUACGGUGCUCGCUUGUCGGUGAAUAAUUGAACAUUACAUAGUCUUCACUGUUAUUUUAUUAGUCUUAAUCCUUUAGAUUAUUACAAUGGCCCAAGGUAACCCCGUGUUUGACUACCACGAAGAGUCUCAAAGCGAGAAAUUGGCGCGUAAAUCCAAGGAAUCUCCGUUUAUGAUUAUUGGUCUAGGCGGACUGGCGGCGGCCGUGGGCAUGGGCGCGUACCAGUACAAACGGCGCGGCGCCAUGAGCACCAGCGUGUUCCUCAUGCAGUUCCGCGUGAUCGCGCAGGGCGCCGCCGUGGGCGCGCUCACCGCCGGCAUGGCCUACACCCUCUUCAGGAACCACUUCUUCAAGCCCAACAAGGAGGACAUCAUCGGCGCUAUCAAACCUAAUGAACACUGAUGCUCACAUAUUGCAAAUCAGCUUGGUUAAGGUACGGUUGCACGAAACCGUCUAUCACCGUCAAAGCGUUCGCUGAAUUUUAUUGUAUGGAAAGUUGCAUAGUUCAGUGCUAAGUGAUGUUGAUCAGUCCGUCAACUGUGGUUGGUGCAACCGGCCCUAAGUCUUAGUUUAAUCGAUCCGCAGCCAUCUGCCAGCACAAUAGCGUGAUUAGCGUUUAAUCUUCUUGCGGCACCCGCGAUUGACUAUUUUACAAAACGAGUGAUUUUAUAUGUAAUAUAAAUAAAUAUUGGUGCUCGAGGAAGUGAGAGUAGUGAGCAAGGCACAGAUUGUGAUAUACUUUUAUUAGUAUAGGUUCUAAAGUUUCUGUUACACGCAGAGAAGGUAUACUUCUACGCUGAUGACCAGCGCGAAACAACCUAUUUACUACGUUUUUUUAUUUAUUUUCUUAAUUACCAACGUGUUACAUUUGAGUAAAGUUUACCUGUGUUGUAAUGCGUACCAGUCCUUAAUUCCUUAUUAAUCUUAUUAUAAGCGAAUAAGUAUUUUAUUGCCUUUAUUAUAGAAUUAUUUUUUGAUAUAAAUCAAUUAAUCCUAAUAGCGCUGAAAUAUUAAAUAGUUAUGACGAUGAUGUGCUUGUUCGUGUGUGUGUGUGUGUAUAUAUGAGGAAUGUACCUCGGCUCUAUUUAUAUCCCAGAUCCUGAAAUGACAGCUCAAUCUACUUAUUGAAUUUGCACAUUACAACUGUCAUUUCAGUACAAAAUAGAAGGCAGAUUGGGAAGUAUUUGGAUUGAAUUGGUUGGACGAUUGAACUGUCGUUUUACUAUCUGGGAUAUAAAAACAAUAAUUUAGUGUCGGUUCGGUACCUACAUCGUGUCUUAUUAUUUAACAAACCAAAAAAAAAUAUAAAUUGAGGCGGUGUUUUUCAAAGUGGGGUUUGCGGUCCUCGGCGCCGGCGGGGUCGGGUCAGGCUCCAUAAGGGGAGCGGGGAGUUGCUAGACAAAACAACACUUGAACAGUGGAAGACGGACGAUUCUUUUAGUCUGGUAGUGUGCGCCGUAAAGAAGGACGAACAGAUUUGUAUGGACACUGGCCCUGGAUCCAAUAAGAAUAUAAGCGACAUAACCAUCGGAAAGGUUUUUUUUAUAUCCAUACUUAUGUACUUAAUUUUUUUGUAUGGUUCUCACCACUUGUCAAAUCUCUGUUAAAAAAAAAAGAGCGCCGUGAACAAAGUUUUGUACGGAGCUCUAAAAAUUAAGACCCAAAAAAAGUAGGUAAGAAACCGAAUAAAAAACUAAAUUAUCGUAACACAAAAUAAUCUACAAUAACGAAACCUUCAUGAUCUGCGACACAUGAACUUAGUAUCGAAAAAAAAACUACAUUUAAUAGUCACGUUUCAACUCACACUAAUUUUUGCGGCGAUAACUUUUUUCACACAAAGAUUUGGGACUACCUGCCAUUAUAAAUGAUUUACAACUUUGCAUAACCUAUCCGGUGACAUAUCGCUUGCCCUUAUUGGUCAAAAGGGCGAAUAAGCCCACCCUCCUUUAUUUAUUUAUUGUAUUUAUUUAGUCCUAAUGGAUGAUGAUGGGUGAGGAUUGUUACGAAAUGAUACCUUUCUGAUUCCGAGUAUGACGAAAUUGACGAAUUUGCUAAAUGUACGCAAGUACCUAUUUAAUUAGUUGUAAAUGCCACCCGCAAGCAGGCUAAUCGAGUAGAUCUAGUGCCUCAGAAAAAUAAACUAAGUAUAUUUUGCGAUAUUCGCGUAUAUUGUAAUCGUCACACACCUAUCGGUAUUCUGGGGCGAGUCAUCUUGUUAUAGCUGGUUAACCAGAUCUUGUCAGUAGAAAAAAGCGGCAAAUUUGAAAAAUGUAGGCGCGAAGGGAUGUCAGCCCAUAGAAAAUUUUUAAUUUCGCGCCUUUUUUUACUGACAAGAUUUGCUUGAUCAGCUAUGUGUUACUCGUAGUUCAGCAUUAAAUUAUUAUGAAAACGUCUUUACUUUUAUUUUGACCACACAAUUUAUUUUCAUCUCUCCUAUUCGGAAUGUCAGUACCGUCUUUACCAUAAGGACACACGCGGGGCCCGUGCCCAGGCCCCGAAGGACAGACAGUAACAGUAGGUAUAUAUGAUUACCCAUAUUAAAUAGAAGCUCAUAGUAGAAAAAUGUUAGUUUUAAUUCGCUUUCUUUACUUUCCAAAAGGGCCCCAUAUUCUUAUGUGCCCAAGGGCCCCAACAUACCAGGCAGGCAGGCAGGCUGUGGGCGAGAAGGUGGUCGCGAAUAAAUGAAUUUAUUUAUUUAUUUAUUAUACCUAGUUUCAAGUUCAAGUUCUUUAUUUGCGUUCAUGUUGUACAUAUGGGUAUUAAAUAACAAAUGAGUUGUUUCAAACAUGAGCCCUGCAAGGGCAUAGCAUUAUUACUUAACCUAACUUAUACCUAAUACAAAUAAAAAUGUAAAAUUGUAAUCUUAUUAGAAUAGGUACAUCUUAAAACUUAUCAUUUAAAUAUUCGUCGACAGUGUAGUAGCUUUUGUUUAUAAGGGUUUCUUUUAAUUUUCUUACAAAUAAAUGUUCUUUCUUUUCUUCCUUUA